AUGCCUCCUCCUCCACAACGGACCAUUCCCAUGGAUCGCGUUCGCCAAAGUGUUCGAAUGCUUCUCCAAAACCAGAAGAACAUGCAGUGCCAGCUUUAUUUGUUGGUGGAUACACGCACAGAGAAUGCAAAGCAGUUUGCCUUUUUGGAGAUUUGCUUCAUGGGAAUGGUUGAUUGUCACCCCAAAGACCCCAAAGACGCUCUUACCAUUCCAAAGCUUUCCAAAGAACAACACAUGGAGGGCGGCCUCGAGCAGAUCGGGAAGAAGGAUCCCUUGAGUGAGGUGAUCCGAAGCAUGGAGAGCCGCCUGGCGAAGCAGGGGAUCCUCGCAGCGCCGGAGACGAUCAUCGCGAGGAAGAAGAAGACCAAGGUGCGGAAAUGGAAACAGGAGUUGGACGACUUCUAUGACUUGAAUGACAAGUUCAUUGACGAUGAAGACUUGGAAGCCUUGAACACCUUUGAGGAGGAGAAGCCCUCACGCGAUGGUGGCACAGGCGAGGUGGAGGUGGAGCCGACGCAACUGGGCAUGAAGCGACUGGCGCCAGUUGUGAAGCAACGGGAAGCGUGGCUCGAGGAUCUCAGCAAAGGCUUUCGCCUCGGUGGAGCCGAGGUGUCAGGCACCUCGGAAAGCAGCGGCUCUGAGGGCGAGGCCGAGACGUGGCGCCCGGAGACACGGGGCUGGUGCUACCAGCUGGCGGAGCUCCGACCGGACCCGGGGGCUGUGGGACCAGUUGGUCGGGCAGAGUCAUUGCAGUGCAACGAGAAGUUUCGACGCAUGACCUAUGCGUUUCAAGAGCUUGUGAGUGUGCCCGCUGGAAGUCCAAUGCCAGGUCGUUGGCUCCACGUGUUUGACGCCACGUCCAACGUGGUCACGAAGUGCGCUAAGUACGUCCCAAGUUGGGAGAUCCACGGUAGGUGGCGAAACACGAAACGUGACGCGGGACGCGGGACGCGGACGGCUUCGUCGCGCUCCCGACGGAGAGUCAUGCGGAACUUCGUGCGGCGCGACCUUACGUCGGUGCCGGGACGUCGCUGGUUUCACCCGAUGGACGUGGGCUGGACGAUGCCGGUGCCCAACGUCAUGGGCCUCCUGGGCUGGAUGACGGACCUCUUCCGCGUGCAGGUUUGGACGCUUGGGAGUGACUGCGACGUCAACAUCACAUGUCGCCUGGAACGCUUUCCGAAGCACUGGUUGGCGGAGCCACCGCCGCGGUUUCUGCCGAAGCUCGCAGACAUUGAAGCGGAGGAGGCAUCCUCGCGGUUGCACUACUGGGGCGCCAUCCUCUUGCUGUCGCCCGUUCUCAUGGCGCUCACCUGCGAGGUGCUGCGCCUUGGCUUCGCCUGGGCGAAAGGACGAGGCCUUUACAUGUUGCUGGACAGCGAAGAGAGCGACUCCGAGUGUCCUUCGCCACGCACGUCUCGCACAACGGACUCAAAGGGUUCGCUGCUGGUCCACGGAGACAGGCGUACGACGGACAUCAACAUGGAGGCGGAUGCUUUGGUGAUGAGCGGGUCUUGUGCUCGAAUCUCUUCCACGGUGGGUAUCAUUUCGUACCAUGUCAUAUGUGUGAGCAUGGUGGCCGUUGGUUUGAUGAAUGGUUGGAUCACGACCAAGCGCGGAGGAGAUUUUGCUUGGGAGCUCUGGGCUUUGUGGCAGCAACUGUGCUUGUGGAUGCUCUUUACCCAGAAUCUCAUCCGAUGUGUUCUGUUGGACGCCUAUGCCUUGCAAUCCUCGACUUUUUUGACUGUGCUUCAGUUCACUAUGCCUCUCAUUACUGAGCCAUGUGACACCAUGAAGGAUUGGGUCAUCACAGGCAUUUGCUUUCUACAUGCCCAAGGGCAGACAGGCUUCAUGAUUGGAGCGGGCAUUGUUGCACUGGAAGUGGUUGCAUUGGGAGCCGGCUUUUACCCACGGUGGUGUCGCAUUUCUGACAGCUUGCAUAUCAGCCCUCCACUCUUGGUUCUGCAGGUGACCUUUGCUGUGCUGAUUGCCACACAACUGAACCUCUCCGUGAUUGUUCCGUACAUGGUGGUUUCUCUUUGUUGCGGCGACAUUGACGCUUGGUGGGCCGUGUCGUUAAUUGCGCUGGUGGUCGUCGCCUUCUUUUUGGAAUUCAAUGAAACAUGCAUUCGCUUUUCAGAAGCAGUGUGGCUACACCUCACUGAUGGUGGGCUUUUGGCCGUUUGCUCCAUCUAUGUGAUACUCUACUCGCACAUCCACACCACCAUGGACGACGACUGCAAGAGAGAUCUACAAAAGACCUAUUGGCCAAUUCUAGAACUGCCUCUCAAGCCUGCCACGCUUGGAUCAAACGAAACCUGGUGUGCUUGGAUCAAAAGACAUGCCCGGAACCAGUGCUUGUAUUUCCUGAGUAGUUCUCGUUUAUUGAUUGCCUGGGCUGAAGACUGCCCACAAGGGAGCAUUGCUGUGGUGCUGCUGAUGAGAUAUUCAGGUUUUCAUGCCUUUGGUCUCACAGGGUUCUCGGCCAUUGUGAGCAUCUCCAAGGGAAUCUCCAUCCCCUUCUUUCGGCGCGCCAUUUUGAAGCAGCACCAAGGGGCUGUUCAGAAGAAGCUGGAUGCCCUUGUGGAGUCAAAUGAGCUCAAAGCGGUGGCCGCGCAAGUGGAGGAGGCGGCUGAUGAGGUGAUCCGUGCAGACAGGCUGCCAGACGUACUGCAAGACGUCCUCAGCCACCCAUCGAUGCUCGUCUUGCAGCAUUUCCAAGUGACGGAGGCCAACAUCUUUCAGCCGAUUCGGGCCUUGCGCACGCGGUGGCUGGAGGAUGUGACCCAUUCCGAGGUGGCAGAACGGGUGCGGCUCCUGCUGGUGGGGCGCUACUUGCAGAAGGGCGUGAAUGCCCAAGAGCUUUUGGAGCGAGGACACAUGACCGGAAAGUGCAAAGAUGCAAACUUCACUGCCACACAAUGCAAAGAGAUUGGUGGAUUUUCAGCUCAAGAGUGCAAGGCCGCUGGCUUCACGGUGUGUGACUGCAGAAGUGCAGGCUACCCAGUGAGAGAACUGAAACGCAUUUUUUCCUCAGCCCUUGAUUGGAAGACUGCUGGCUUCAAUGCCCGAGACUGCAGGGAGGCAGGCUUCUCUGCGAUUGAUUGUGCCAAUGCCGGUUUCACGGCACAUGAGCGUCGCUGGGCGGGCUUCCUGGACAUAGCAUACGAGGAAGAACCCGAUCGAGAUGCACACUUUGGCAACCUCUAA